AUGCCUUCAUUCAAGCUCGACGAAGAAUAUGUUCAAAACAGCUUUCACACUUACCUCAAGUCAUCCCUCACACAAGCAAAGGUAGAGAAACUGAUAGAGGAUCAAGUUCUAGCAUCUGCAGAAGCAGAUCUUAUGAUAUCUGGUCCAGCAUUAUGCCUAUAUUUUGCUGCCCUUAGAUGCACAACAAACCCACCGUCUGUACCACUUCCUCGUGCCACGAAGUCGGCACCGCCCCUCGAGCUCUCAGCAGAUAAUUGCCCACCGGCAUUUCUCGGCUUUCUAGCCGUUUGGGCAGCUGCGGUGCCGCAAAUCCAGUGCCUCAUCCCCCAAGACCAGCAUGAUCUUGCUCGCAUCAUCUGUGGCCUCCAACCUAUUGCUGUCCCACCAAACCCUGAGUGCGCCGGCAUCGCAGCCGAUCUACGUGCAGUGGCAAUUGAAAUCAGUCAGAGACGCACCUUUCAGGAUAGAUAUGCAAGCGAUCUGCAAGCUGCGUUAGAUGCAGGCUCAUCAAGCAGUGGUUUGAAGGUCAAGACGAGCUUCGUACCACCACCUGUAUAUUCUGAUCAGUUUGCCGCUGAAUCAUCCGGAUAUGGGUCCAAGAAAUUCUCUUCUCCAUCAUCCGUUCAGUCCGCAUUUCCCCCGCCCACGCCUUUCCCUACAAUACUCACCCAAGACACCCCUGAAAUCGACUUCAUCCGCGAGACACUUUACUCCGCACUCGCAGCUGUGCUAGAGCAGAUCACAACCUCUCGGGCUCACAACCCGCACCCUCUCGCACGUCUCUUCAAAUAUGACCCCCCGCGUGCCCAUUUUGCCGCCGUCAGCCUUGCUAUUCUCGAGGUGGCCACGACGCAGGGGAUCAUCCUCCCUGAUCAAAACGCGAUCAUGUGCGUCAGUGCACGAGAGCUUGGAGGGCACAAGCUCACACCAGAUGCAUGUCCGGAGCCACUUCGGCCUUUCAUGAUGGAGCUCAUUGCCAUUGGGCGGGACGCGCAGGUGAUGCAAGAUGAAGACAACGAAGGGACGAUCAAGGCUAUCGAGAGAGGUGAUGAAGAUAUACCAGAACCUAGGUUCGAGCGGGUGCAGGCCAUCAUCAUCCAUGGUGUACGAGUUGGCGGGGAUACUGCGGAUGAUAGCUGCAGGAGGCGUAAAAGGAGCGUGGAGGGACGGGCCGUGGGGUUUGCGAACAGGGUGAAUGCCCUUGGACUGUCGAUCAGUAGAAUCAAGGCGUUUAGAGACAGGGAGAAAGAAGUAUUCGAUGUCUUAGGGCCACGCCCGUGA